AUGGAUUUACAAGAAGGUUUUGGGUUUUUAACAGAUGCUCAUGUUGCUAUCACACGUGCUAUACAGACUAACACUGUAUUGGUCGUCUAUGCAACUGAUGAGGAUAAUCAUGGUAAAUGGCUUCAGUCAUGGGCUCAUCCAAGAUUAAUGACUAACGAAAAUAUGGAAAAGAAAACUACUUUUCUAAUCAUUGUUAAAGGCACUCCAGAGUUCCAACAAUUACAAGAGCUAUUCCCAAAUAUACACACACAGAGUCUGUACUUCAUCAAAAACCAGAAAAUCGAGUUAAUUAUUACAGGUGAUAGUGGAAGUGAUAAAUUUUCACACUGGAAUAGAAUCAUUGAUUACUUAGAAGGUAUAGAAUGUACACCGGUGACAGACAGCACGGUAUCUACAAACCGGAACCAAACCAGUACUGUACCGAUUCCAGUGACUAAUCCAACACCAGUAAAUAAUGUUGAAAGUAUUGCUGAUACAAAUCCGGAGGCUGAUGUAGCUCCCAAUAAGACUCCAAUUAACAAUAAGAAGACAUUUAAGGAGGAAGUCAAUGAUUUAACAAGAAAAAAAUAUCACGAACAAAUGCUGAAGCAAAAACAAUUAGAAAGGUCAGAAAGGCAACGUAUUUUAAGACUGGUCGAGUCCGAUAGGCAAGAAAGAUUAGCAAGAAAGUUACAAGAAGAAAUGAAUAAAAAAUCCCAAAAGGAUAAGGACAAGUUGAAUGAGCUAGAGGAAAUUGUGAUUAAAAUUGAAAAUCCUGACAUAAACGACAACAUCAAGAAUUUAGGUAAACUGGAAAAACUAACAGAAUGUACCUUACAGAUCAGAUUAACUAAUGGUCAAUCUAUCGUCAAUAAAUUCGAUGCUGAUAGUGCACUAACUGAGGUUAGAUCAUGGGUUAAUGAAAAUAGAUCCGAUGGCAAGUGCUCUUACUUGUUUCACCGUAAUGUUCCAAGGGCAACUUUUUCUAUUGAUGAAGAAGAAAAAUCGUUACGUGAAUUAGAAUUAAUUCCAAGAUCAGCAUUGAUCUUGGAACAAAUAGAUAACAAUUGUGAGGAUGUACAGCCUGGGUUACUAGGAAGAAUAACUAACAGAUUGGCAUUUUGGAGGGCUUCACCUCAAAGUGAUCUUCAGACUAAUACUGAAUCCUGUACUUCAACCGAAGAAAACGAUACCAACAAUACAGCGAAUACGAAAGAAGAAUCAUCUGACUCAAAAAAUAGUUCAUCAAGCUACAAGUCACCAUCUUUCCGUUACGUUACUCAAUUAAACACGGUUGAAUCAGAUUUGAAUUUAGCAGAGAGAUCUGUAUCUCCAAAUGUUCGUGUUUUUGCUAAUGAUACUGAUGAACAUAAAUCAGAUGAAGAUCGUCCAUCUUAUAAUGGGAAUAAUAUAAAUUUGGAAAAUAAGAAGGAUGAUUAA